CCAUCCACUACGCUGCAAAAAGCACAUCUCUUCCACUAACAUUGGUUGAUAUAUAAAUAUAAAAAUAUCUCACAUUCUCCAAACCAAAAAAACCCAAUUCUUUGCGCUGCGUCUAACAUUCCCCACAAUUUGACCUCUGUGUUCUUCAUCUCUGCAACCAAAUCAGAACCAUUUUGACUUUUUUAUCAACAAUUUCAACUCAAAUUUCAACCCAAGACUGUUAAUUUAUUAAGGUGGUGUUUGAGAUCGAAUCGGAACUGAAAAGGGUGUAAAGAUUUAACAUUUGAUUGGUUGUUGAAUAUAGGGAGGUGAAGGAUUUAAGAUCAAGUAUAAAGAUUUAAGAUCAAGGUCAGAUCUAAAGGGGAAAAGGGCAAUUAUGUCUUUUAUUGGAACACAGCAGAAAUGCAAGGCUUGUGGGAAGACAGUUUACCCUGUGGAACUUUUGUCUGCUGAUGGUAUUGAUUAUCACAAAUCUUGCUUCAAGUGUAGCCAUUGCAAAGGUACCCUUAAGCUGAGCAAUUACUCGUCAAUGGAAGGAGUGCUCUACUGCAAGCCUCACUUUGAGCAACUCUUCAAGGAAAGCGGCAACUUCAACAAGAACUUCACAUCACCUGCAAAGGCUGCUGAGAAGUUGUCGCCAAUGCUGACAAAGUCACCUAGCAAAGCUGCUGGCAUGUUCUCCGGUACCCAAGACAAAUGCGCUACUUGUGGCAAAACAGCUUAUCCUCUGGAGAAGGUAACAGUGGAGAACCAAGCAUACCACAAGUCAUGUUUCAAGUGCUCACACGGAGGAUGUUCUUUAUCGCCAUCAAACUAUGCAGCUUUGGAGGGAAUCUUGUACUGCAAGCAUCAUUUUUCGCAGCUAUUCAAGGAGAAGGGCAGCUACAAUCAUCUCAUCAAGUCGGCAUCCAUCAAACGCACUGCGGCAGCCGCAGCCGCAGCAGCGACACCAGAUGCCGCUUCUAUUCCAGAAUGAUAACCAUCGUAUGAAACGGUUUUUGGUUUGUUUUGCUUUGCUUGUGUUUGUGUUUAAGUGUUUAUUAUUCCCGCGCUUGGGAACGGAUUAAGCUUUGAGACUUACCAACUUUCUUUUGUGUGAUUGAUUCACUGGGUGCCUGCCGUAUUAAUCGAAACUGUAUUUCCGCUUUUCUUGAAA